UCACCCUACAUCAACAUAAAUCAUGCUGGCAACAAAAUCGUCAAUGUCCACGGGUUUGUCCACGACAUACUUGUGUGGAUGUCCGAGAAACAUGAUUUCACUUUUGAAUAUGUCGAACCUCCUGAUGGAGCCUUUGGAGCAUUUGUAAACGGCUCGUGGAACGGAUUAGUCAGACAAGUUAUUUACGGUGAAAUUGAUAUAGUGGCAACAGCAUUUUCAGUAACUUAUCCUCGAUCCAAAUUGAUUGACUACUCGUUUCCAUUUUCGGCUGAACCCAUGUCAAUAUUAAUUCCGUAUCCUCGGCUGGACAGCACCAUUUCUGGUAUUGUCAGACCCUUCCAGUACGAGGUGUGGAUCGGCAUCAUCCUUAGCAUCUUGAUUUUAGCCCUCAUCCUCUGGUUAAUUUCCCGGUUUGAAUCACGCCGAGAAGCAUUCCGCGGAAAGAUUGGAUUGUUCGAUUACUUUUGGUUUCUAUUCCGAGUCUUGGCAAACUCCAACGAAGUAAUUGCUUUUACAUUGGCAACACGGCUGAUAGUCACAGCCUGGUGUCUUACAGCUGUUGUCUUCGUCAACUCCUACACCAGCAGUUUAGUGUCUUACUUGAUGGCCCCGAAAUUUGUGCCCGUAAUCACCACCCUGCAAAGUUUAGCGGAUAGCAAAGAAAUUUCGCUCAUGGUGCUGAAACACACGUCCGUGGAAACAACGUUGUUUGCCGCAACGACAGGUGCGUUAGCGAAAAUUGGCGCACUCCUUCAAGCUCAUCCGGAAAACCAGUUGAAUUCUCUGGAAAAUAUAGAAGAUCAGGUCUAUUAUCAACGGAAGGCAUUUCCCCACGAAGAAACUUCGCUGAUUGUGCGAAUUCACGAUGACUUGAAAGCCACUAAACAAUGUCGCCUUGCUAUUGCCAAAGAACCGCUUUACCCAGAUACACAUGCAUUUGGCCUGGCAAAGCACAGCCCUCUAACUAAAACUUUUGAUCGCGAGCUCAUAUGGUUAAGACAAUUGGGCUUGUUAGACCACUGGAAGACGGCGGCCCUUCCGCCACCCAAUCGCUGCUCAGCACCGAUAUCUCGAUUACGUUCUACACCCAAUAAAAAGUUGACUCUCGAUUCACUUUCGAGUGCGUUCCUUCUCUACGCUGUUGGUGUUAUCGCCUCCAUCUUGGUAUUCGUAGUGGAGCUGAUUUUCUUCAAAUGUUUCUAGCCGUGGUCAUUGGUAUU